GGGCGUGGCUACGCCCGCGCUCGGUCAGAGCGAAGCCUGGCCGCCGUUGUUUACGCGGCUCUGCGGCGCGCGAGGCGCGUUGCGUGCAGAACUGCGCGUAGCGGCGUUGGUGAAUGAGCUGUGGUGGGCGCGCGCAGGGGGCGACGCGGGCGGCUGGGAGCGGGGUGGCGCGUACCAACAGCAGGUGUUUCCUCCAUGUAGCGCGCGGAGCGGCUUCAGCAUCGCCAUCUCCGGCACCGUCAUUACCGCGCUGCGUGUUUUCAUUUCACAUCGUUCGUUUUCAGGGUUUUCAGUUUAUUUCCAGAAGAGUUGGCCUUUCUUGUGAUGAAGAGACAUUUCCGAAUAGACACACCCCUGUUCUCCUGAUCAUCAUUACUCUACAGACAUGUCUGUGUGACAGGCGCUUGAGAGCCAGGGAAUAAAUAUUAGAAUAAAAUCAUUCUCAUAUACAGAAUUAUUUUUUCCCGCGAUUGAAAAAAAAACAAAAAAACAUGUCAGUUACAUUUUCAUCAACACGACCGAGAGGAAAAGGUGAUGUGACCCAGCAGACUAUACAGAAGAUGUUGGAUGAAAAUCACUACCUGAUUCAGUGCAUUAUGGACUAUCAAAGCAAAGGAAAGACUGCAGAGUGCACACAGUAUCAGCAGAUUUUACACAGAAACCUGGUUUACUUGGCCACCAUCGCAGACUCCAAUCAAAAUAUGCAGUCUCUUUUACCUGCGCCUCCGAACCCUGGGAUGAGUGUGAGUGGAGGUGGGAUGGGAGGCAGCGGUGCAGGAGGAUCUCUACACACUCAGAGUAAUCUUAAUGACAGCAUGGCUCCUUCUUCACUAAUGCAGAGUCAGAUGAGUAACGGCCCAAGUCACACCCCCAUGCAGCAGCAGCAGCAACAGCAGCAGCAGUCCGGCCCUUCCACCUCGUCUAUGAGCUCUGGGUCGAGCUUCACUCACUCAGUGCCCUCAUCGUCACAGGGCACAGCACUGUUCCCGCCCUCCCGCACCAACCUCAACAUACAGAACAGCCAAGUCUCUAUGAUGCAUCAGCAAGGUUCAGGACCCCAUUACUCCUCUUCUGGAGGUCAGCAUUAUCAGGGACAGCAGACCAUGAGCAUGAUGGGACAAAAUAACCAAGGCAACAGUAUGGUCUCCCAAAGACCUAUAGGCAACUAUCGUCCUGCUCAGCAAGGAUCACAGUACAUGGGUCAGGAGGAAUUCUACGGAGAGCAGUAUGGACACACUCCAAGCUCAAGUGAGCCUAUAAACCAGCAGUAUUACCCUGACGGUCACAGUGAGUACUCAUAUCAGCAGUCUUCUUAUGGAGAGCAGAGUUAUGAGAGAUCAUUUGAAGACUCAUCGCAACACUAUUAUGAAGGCGGAAACCCUCAGUAUAGCCAACAGCAGUCACAAUAUCAGCAGAGCUCAGGUCAGCAGCAGACAUUCAACCAACAGCAGUACCAAUCACAGCCAGGAUACAGCAGCCAAGGACAGGCCUACGGUCCGGGACAGGGAGCUCCAUCUCAGUACUCUCAGUAUCAGCAGGGUCAGAGUCAGCAGUAUUCCUCAUAUCGAUCCACACAAUCUACUCCUGGCUCUCAAACACAAAGAUCUUAUACUUAUGAACAGGGUCAGUAUGGAAACUACCAGCAGUAAGGAGUCUCCGCCCAGUUGACCAUACAGCAAUCAAAUGAACAGGAUCGUAUAUACUGUGUUCUCAAGCUGACCGUUGUAUCGUGUUGACCAAUGACAAAAGUGUCUUGUCCAAAUAUAAUAUAGCUUCCAUUUCCUCAUGCAGACUGAGACUGGAAGCCACUCUCACUGUCUGUCUAUUUUACAGUUUAAUAUCCUGGCUACUUUCUUUCACCUACCUCCUCUUCAUUUCUCACAGGGAUUUAGAUCUUACAUCUCUGUACAGAGAUAACUUAAAUAUAUAUAUACGAGACAAAACAAAACAGACUAACAAUACAAAUUCUACUGGAAAAAGUUCAGCAUCUGUUUAUAUAAAGUGUGUAAAAUAAGUGUGUGUUUACAUUCUUGGUGUCCAUCAGAUGGAGUUAAUGUGUUACGUGUUAAAGGUGAAGGAGUUUGCUAGUUUUGCGUACUGUUAGCAAAACCUCACUACGGGGUUUUCAAGUUUUUUCUCUAUUUGAUUAUUUCUAUUUUUCUAGCUGUUUUUACAAAUUUCAAAAGGAGCAAAAUUAUCCAACAUGCAUGCAACACAUUCACGAUUACGUACAAUUAAAUUUAUUUUAAGCAGUUAAAUUUACAAAUAUUCGUCAAAUACCAACGUUCCACAUCCAGCACCAACCAGGCCAUUCAACAUUAAACAGAAACAUUCACCAUCAGAAAUCAAUAUUCACCGGCCAACAGAAUAAAACAGUAACAUUCACCAUCCAACACCAUAAAAACCAACACCAUAAACAUCAACAAAGAACACCAACAUAGAAUUUGCCAUCUAACACCAUGAGGCUUUAAAAAGGCUCCUGAGUAAAACAGAAAGGUCAUACUUGCCUUGAUUAAAUCCCAAUGACCCAAACCACAGCCCUCUAUCAUCAGGAGUCCUGGGGAGGGAGAAUGCUUGCUCUUCUGUAUCACGGAGUGGCUCUAGCUGAUCUAGUGUAAGAAUGUGAAUGUGUUUGCUGCCCCUAACAUCACAAGGACAACAGUUCAAGAAGAUGAGGAUGUUCUUUGGGCCGAGCAUGAAAUAGCCUUCGACCUCCCUAGUUUGUAGCUGUCGCCUAAAUUUUGGAAAGCCUUCCAGAUGCCUGGGAAUUGGGCAUGACCAAAUCUGGGGAAAAUAUUGCUAAUAAUACUAUAACUCCAUAUUAAUAAUCAAUCAUUAACAUCACAAACUGUAAAAAACACCAACACUCUUUAUUUAACACUCGUUAACAUAUGUUAACUUUCUGUAGCUGACAAUAACAACAACUUUUAUUUCUUGCUGUUUUAUUUAAUUACCGUUCAGGUUAUCUAUCUACCAACUGAGAAAUUCUGAGAAAAUGUUUAUUAACUGAUUUUGUUUUGUCUACGUUUGAGUUUUUUGUCUCCGUUGCAUCUGUACAUAAACUGUGAAAAUGUGUGAAAAUAUGGAAGAAAAUAUCAUUGUAAGAUUAAUUUAUCACUCAGUCACUCAUAUAAGUGAGUAUAUGUACAUUAUUGCUAAUUUUGUGUAUUGUUCAUAUUUUAUACACAGUAUUCACUCCACACAGUAGCCCAUAACUAUUACAUCUAACUUUUAUAUUACCGUAAUUAUUAAAGUUUCUAUAGUAACAACAUACACAGGGACUUGUACAGUGGAAACGCAACAUAAACAGACAAUAUGUUAAAGUUUUCUGUGAAGAGGCGUUUAUUUCGUAUUUUGAAAGACAUCAGUGUCAGCACUUUGCUUCAGUCGUAUUGUUAAGCUGUAUCGUCUCGUUUUCAGACACAGGAAAGUCUUCAGUGCCGAGAGCUUUGAGGUUCCUCUGCAACAAGCUGCAUUUUUUGAGCGAGAGAAAAAAGCUAGUGAUUGCUAGUUUAUAGCUGCUAUAGCAAAACUUCAACUGUUCAACAUAAAUACUACUAUAAAUGGAUAAAGUCAUCCUUUAAGAAAUAAAUAUUUUUAGCACUGGCAGAUUGGUGUGGUAUAAGAGAAAUACCUUGGGGUCAUGCGGUUUUUGGAAAUAAUCAGUCUCGCGGUGGUAACAGUAACUCUAAUACCAAGUGUUUUAUUCUUGACUUAGCACAAAACUACCUGCAACCAGAAGGAAUUUGGUUUGUUUAUGGAUAAAUCUUCAUUAUUUUAAUAUCCAGUUGUUGUUUUUUUAGUAUUAAUUUAAUUUGCACCAUAUUCUAAUUUUGUUAAAUGAUUAAACACGCACUGUAUGUCAGUCAUUUGUUGCAUUUUUUUUAAUCUAUAUUUUGAUAUUUUUACUGUACUUUUUUAUUGCUUGUUGGAUUUCAGGAACACAGAAGAUUAAAUCUGUGACCAAUUAUAGCCAAAGCUUACAACCU